UCUUGGUGCUUAGUUGAAGUGGGCGGUGUUGUCUCGGGACCUGCGCUUGUCUCUAAUAAACUGAACAGUAUUUUAAUGCAUUUAUAAGAAUAUCUUAGUAAAGAAUAAAGAUGACGGCCGGCGUGGCCGGUUCCGGGGCCACGCACCCGGUGAAGAUCGUGGCCAACAUCUUCAUCUCCUUCAUCGGAGCAGGCGUGCUUGGUCUGCCGUUUGCAUACAAAGAGGCCGGCUUAGCAGAAGGAAUAUUGAUAAUGGUGACCGUCGGUUACGUUUCCAUUCGAGCAAUGUUUCUCUUGAUUGACUGCAAAUAUUUACUGCUCAGCAAACGUCGAAGUGGGAAUGUAUCGGUCAAUACUUACGUGAAGAGCAAUUUCAGGUCCUUGCCGUCCUUUCCGUCAACACACCGCUGGAGGCCCUUCGUCUUAUCCUUUUACAAACUCGCCCGGACGCGAACGAGGUGAUCGAGCUGUGAUCGGUAAGUUACCGGCUCUAUUAGUUACUAUCGGCUCUCACUGUGAGCCGGCUACGGUGAGAUGGGUAGCUUCGCAGAUGUCGAUUUGAAUAAAUGGUGAAGUUCUCUCUCAGGAGCCUCAUAAACGUCAAGCACCCGUCGCGCCUCGAGCCCCUGACUUUUGUAACCGGGAGUUGUGCUCACUUCACUCGGAGUUUUACGAUCUACCGGCUGAGCUACGGGAUCUGCACUGUAUAAAAUGAUUUUUUGAGUCCACACGACCUUAUAACAAACGAAAUGUGAGACCACAGCCACUUUGCAUUGCUACCUUCCCCUUCUAUGCAUAUCCAAAUCAGUACGUUUUCGAGAACGUUUUCGAAUUUCCUCUUUAUCUCAAAAGUGUGUCCGUCUACGGCUGCAUUCGUCCCCGAGUCCGUGCCUGUUGUCAUGCAAUGUGUGUGCCACAGGUGCCUCUGAGGGACGGCUCUGUCGAGCUGAAGCUGCCGCUGCUCAACGGAGACGCCGCUGGUGACGACGAGGGCGACAAGAUCCUGGUGGACACCAGCCACGAGAUUACGUACGGUGACCUCGGGUUUUACGCAUACGCCGAGAAGGGUCGCUGGCUGGUGGAUGGCACUGUCAUAGUAUCUCAGAUCGGGUUUUGCUGCGCCUACCUCAUAUUUAUAUCGGAGAAUCUGUCGACGUACGUGAGUGGCGUGAGCACCAGUCAGUGGCUGGUGCUGUUCCUGCCGCUCCUCUACAUGCUUUGCCUGCUCAGGAAACUGGAGAAAUUGGCCGUCUUCAGCAUCUUCGCGCAGAUUUCCACCAUCAUGGCGUUCGCCGUGGUGUUCUGGUUCGACUUCGAGCACUACUACGUCAUGGAGCGGUUUCACCCGCGGGAGUUCUCCUCCCGAGGAUUUCCGUUCUUCUUCGCCAUCGCCAUCUACUGCUAUGAAGGCGCCGGUAUGAUCCUGUCGCUGGAGAACUCGCUCGCUGAACACGUGCGGCCCAAGUUCAAGAUGUACUUUGGCCGCACCAUGUUCUGGGUGACGGCCCUGUACGUGGUGUUCGGCUGCUCCGGAUACAUAUCGUUCGGACCCGAGACUCGCGAGAUCAUCACGCUGAACCUGCCGCCCAGCGAUGGCACCAUCGACUUCGCCAUGGUGGUCAAGUGCUGCCUGUGCUUCUCGCUGUUCUUCACCUACCCACUGAUGAUGUUCCCCGUGGUGACGAUCAUUGAGAAACGUCUGCCGGCCAGCUACCUGACAACCUCCAGAGGGAACGUUCUGCGUCUGCUGCUGGUGGCCACCUCGGGCCUGGUGGUCGUGAUGAUCCCCAACUUCGCCAACCUGAUGGCCAUCAUCGGCGGUACCUGCUGCACGCUGCUGGCCUUCGUUCUGCCCGGACUGUUCCACCUGAGACUGCGCCGACGUUCGAUCACCCGAAAGGAGAAGAUAUUCGACAUGUUCCUGAUCGGUAUCGGUGUGGUCGGAGCUGUGAUCGCCACUACUGACGCCCUCUCCCGGAUGGCCGAGGGCUCCGACGAGCCUUUAUCUCCAUCAUCGGCAGUGCCCGUCGCAGUGACUAACGUGAUCGACACGGUACAGGCAGCCGCCAACGGCAGUGGAACCGCUGCUGGAGCUGCUAGCAAGACCGCAGCGGCUGUAGCGGCUAGCAGCACCGCAUCGGCUGUCUUAACGGCCGUCAAUGAUACUGCUUCCGUCGCCUUAGCAGCCGCUAAUGAUACCAUAUCUUCCGCCUUAGCAACCGUCAAUGAUACCGCCUCCGCCGCCUUGGCAGCCGCCCAUGAUGUCAUAUCCUCCGCCAAUGAUACUGCAUCUGCCGUCUUAGCAGGCGCCAAUGAUUCCGCUGCCGUCUUAGCGGGCGUCGCACCAACGGCAGCGGCCAAAGACACCGCGUUUGCCGUGACGCCGGCGGCGGCCGCCCGGAUGGCGCUGGAUAUGCUGACCAACGACGGCUCCGCGCCGCUGGAUGUUAGCUGAUGGGGACAGAGGUGGGGUCGGUUGUGAGACAGUCGAUUCUCUCUUCUCUUCUCUUCUCUUCUCUUCUCUUCUCUUCUCUUCUCUUCUCUUCUCUUCUCUCCUCUCCUCUCCUCUCCUCUCCUCUCUCUCUCUCGCUCUCGCUGUCGCUCCCCUCCUCUUCUCUCCUCUCUCGCUCCCCUCGUCUCCUCUUCUGGCUGACGGUGGUCUUGUUGCGAGUGAUGGCUCUCUCUGCGGUGCUGGUGGAGUGCUCCCUCUGCGGUAUUGAUGUGUGACGAGCGCGCCAUACACACCUGGACUCGACGCUGUCUGGCUGUGGUACCCUCUUACCAAUGGCCGUGGCAUGUCCUGCAUUACAGGCGCUCAACGACUGCGCGCCGAAACGACAUAGUAUUUUCCUCGUGUACGAGAUGAUUUUCAGUGAUGGAAAGGGAUAUUGCUGCGUGGAUAUUGUCGGUGGUAUGCAAUAAGGGGUGGAAAUCGGACCGCCCCUGACAGUGUAUUUUUCUAUGUGUUUUUUGAGUGGGUUGUAUGUUUAUGCUACCGCAGCCGAGGCCGAAGAGGCUUUUCCAGUGCUGGUCCGAGAGCAUUGUUACGGGGAACAAUCUCCCACCGUGUGGGAACAAACGACCUAUUGCAUGGAGAUUGUGUACUAUUUUUAUGACCGUCUUUGGUCGCUGGUUGAGGUAUAACCUGGUUUUAUUCUGAAAUAAAUGAACUCCUAAUGGG